AUGAGUUGGGCUCGGUUGUCCACUCUCCUGGGGAUUCCAGCGCUUCGUGCCGCGCCACGCGAUGUUCAUCUUCUCUAUCUGUCACGCCUCCUUCGUACUGCAGCUUUCGGGUCUACUGGCGUGAUUCUUGCUGUGUUCCUAUCCAGUCUGGGACACAGUGAAAUUCGAGUCGGAGCUUUUAUGACUUUGACCCUUAUGGGUGACGUGAUGCUCAGUCUUGUGCUCACUAACUACGCCGAUCAAUUCGGUCGACGUCGCACCACCAUCCUUGGAUCUGGAUUAAUGGUGGUGAGUGGCAUUGUGUUCACAAUAGCAAGCAACUAUUGGGUUCUACUGGCUGCCGCGGUCUUCGGAGUCAUCAGCCCAUCCGGGAAUGAGAUCGGCCCAUUUCGGGCACUUGAGGAGGGAAUGUUAGCUUCUCUCUCUGCUGGUCUGGACAUGUCCUCUAUCUUUGCAUGGCAUGUCGUCGCCGGCACCCUGGGUGUCUCUGCUGGGACAUUUUCCGCUGGCUGGAUCAUGGCCGCACUCCAGAAGCUCUUGGGUUGGAGUGAGCAAUUGAGCUACAGAGGCAUUUUCGUUGCAUACGCCUUUAUUGGAACAGCGAAGCUCAUUGUGGCACUCUGCUUAAGCGAUGCCUCCGAAUUGGAGCCUCGUAGGAAGCAUAUGAAUGCUGUGGACUCAGAAGAAUCUCAGUCAAUGUUGCAGUCCGAGGCCACCGCGACCAAGGACAGGUCAACACACGGAGUGGUGAGACGUCUUCUCUCGGCAUUCAUUCCCUCUAUCUCGCCUUCCACACGGUCAGUCCUCUGGAAGCUUUGUCUCCUCUUUGCAGUUGACUCAUUUGCGAGUGGCAUCGUCGCCUUUACACUUCUGAGCUUCUACCUUAAGUCGCGCUUCCAAGCUCCGAUGAGCCUCCUCUCGUCACUACUAGCAAUUCCAUUCCUUCUUAGUGCCAUUUCCUCGCUUUUGGCUUCCCCGAUUUCCAAGAAACUCGGUCUGCUACCGACGAUGACGUUGACACAUUUGCCAUCUGCAAUACUGCUUGGUUUAUUACCGCUCGCACCAACAUUAGAGCUGGCGUGCGUACUCUUAAGCCUGCGGGCAGCGUUGUCUACCAUGGACCAAGGUCCUCGGUCAGUAUUUCUUGCCCAGGUCGUCAAGCCAGAGGAACGAAUCAAGGUCAUGGGUGUCGUGAACACGAUCAAAACACUGGCGCAAAGUGCGGGCCCGACGAUUACAGGAGGUCUGGCAAAGGCAGGUUAUUUUGGAACUGCUUUCAUCUUGGGAGGAGCUUUGAAAGCUAGCUAUGAUAUUGGACUGAUCAUUUGGUGGCUGAGUGAUCGGAAGGUCGCGAAAACACACGAAUACGCACUUGCAGCCACGAGCGAUAGCGAAAGUGUUGGCGAAUCAAAUCCAUCAAACGCAGGUCUUACAUUUCAGCCAUCGGAGGGGUCAAGACAGUUCGAAAGAUGA